GCUUUGAACCCAGACAAGCUAGGAAUCUCUUCUGAACACCGCCUUCAGCAUGCAUCUCCCCGACUGGGCUUUCCUGGCCAGGAGCUUUUUGAAGAAGUUCUGCAGAGAGCCAGAAUGCUGAUGCUCAUGGAACCAGCUUAGUGGAUUUGACUUUUCUGGUAGAAUUCUCUUGCUUUUUUAUAUACUCUCUCCCAGAGUUCUAAGACGGGUGGAGGUAUUCAGGGCACCAAAGAGCCUGCGGGGAAGGAAGUAGCACUUUCAUGCUGAAUAAAAACCAAGCAGGUGACAGUUGUGGCUGAAAACAUUUAAACCUUUCACGCCUGGACUUCCUGGAUCCGGGACACAAAGGAAUAGUUGCUGCUGGGGUGCAAGAAGCGAUCCCAGACAAGAAAACCCAAAUAAAUAGAAUGAGGGCGACAGGCAAGUAAAUGGCCACCACUACCUCGACAGAGCCGACGUCAGCCUCCUGGUGGAAUUAUUUUUUCCUUUAUGAUGGUUCAAAGGUAAAGGAAGAAGGAGAUCCAACCAGAGCUGGUAUUUGUUACUUCUACCCUCCUCAGACCCUGCUGGACCAGCAGGAGUUGCUCUGUAGCCAGAUUGCGGGCGUCGUGCGCUGUAUCUUGGACCUCUCCACCUCUGCUCCUACCCUCGUCCGUCUGCGGAAGCUGAAGUUCGCCGUAAAGGUGGAUGGAGAGUACCUUUGGGUCCUGGGCUGUGCUGUGGAGCUCCCUGACGUUAGCUGCAAGCAAUUUCUGGAUCAGCUCAUUGGAGUCUUUAAUUUUUACAAUGGACCUGUUUCUCUGGCUUACAAGAACCGCUCUCAGGAAGACCUGCACGCUGAAUGGGACACCUUCAUUGAACAGAUUCUGAAAAACACCAGUGAUCUGCACAAGAUAUUCAGUUCCCUCUGGAACCUGGACCGAACUCAAGUGGAACCCCUGUUGUUGCUGAAGGCAGCCCUCAUUCUGCAGGCCUGCCAGCGUUCACCUCACAUUCUAGCCGGCUGCAUCCUCUAUAAGGGACUGAUUGUUAGUACCCAGCUCCCACCCUCCCUCACGGCCAAGGUCCUGAUUCGCCCAGCUGCAUCUCAGCACCAGAGAAGACCUGCAGGAGGGGGUGGCCCACAGGAACGGGAAGCGGCACUCCCCCCAAAUGUCCAGAUCAUGCCUGUGUUCCUGACCGAAGAGGAGGCCACCAGUCUCCACGAGUUCCCGAGGGAGCAGGCAGCUAGAUCUGUUGCCUCGCCAGCCAGACUCCAGGAGUGCUCAGCCCAGCAGCAUCCACACCCUCGGAGCUCUGCUGCCCCGACAGACAGCACCACUGGCCACGUGGAAUCCACAGCCUGGAUGCGGGCAGCCACUCCCGAGGUUGCAUGUCCUGACGUAGCAUGGCCAGAUGGCAAGGGGGAGAAUGGGCUCUUGCCUGGCCGUGAUCUGGAGAACAUCAAGCCUGCAAAACUACACAGCCCUGCCAGGGACGAGGGUCCUGGUCUUGGCUACUCCCUGGUGAAGGAACUUCGUCUGCCCUUGGGGGAGGAGGAGCCAGACUUGUCUGCCAUCCACAUUCCAAAAGCUCAGGGAACGGCAACAGCCUCAGGUUAUUUUGCCCCCUCGAAUAUGGGCACCCCAGAUGGUGGUGGUCCUGCCUUUGAGGAAUUUGUCAGGGACUCUGGCGACCGGGAACCCGAGCUACCUGACGCCCCGCCCGCGGUUGUGGCCAUGGCCAUCAGCAGCCUCCUCUCUCCGUCCACUCCUGAGAUGCUCAGCCAGAACGGAGCCCUGGAACAGCAUGACGACCUCCCAGAGGACAGCAGCCUAGCCCCCUUUCCCAGGGAAGACCAUCUCCCCAGAAGGACGAGCAGACCUCGGUCAUGGCCUUGCUCAGACUUGAGGCAGAGAGGAACCACGCUGCCUGUGGGGGACCAGGGCGUGGAGCAGCGUGUUGGGGUGCACGACAGCUGCUUAGCACCUGGCGGCUCAGACUUGGCAGAGUCUCAGGACGACUACAGUCCCUCCGCACAUGGAAGUGCCCCAAGGUCAGCCCCAGCAUCCUGUGUGGGCCUCGUGCCAACGAACCUCUACACCCACAGUGUUAACGGGCUGGUGCUGUCCCUGCUGGCUGAGGAGCCGCUGCUGGGUGAUGAUGCUGCCAUCGAGGAGGUGUACCGCAGUAGCCUGGCAUCCCUGAACGGGCUGGAGGUCCACCUGAAGGAGACACUACCCAAAGACGUGGCUGCCUCCCCCAGCAGGACGUACAACUUCACGCAUUAUGACCGCAUUCAGAACGUGCUGACUGCAAACCUGCCACAGGUGGCCACCCCCCAGGACCGCCGCUUCCUACAGGCCGUCAGCCUCAUGCACUCGGACUUUGCCCAGCUGCCUGCACUGUACGAGAUGACUGUCAGGAACGCCUCCACCGCGGUGUACGCCUGUUGCAGCCCCGCCCAGGAGACCUACUUCCAGCAGCUGGCCACAGCCGCGCGGAGCUCCGGCUUCCCCAGCCCGCAGGACAGCGCCUUCAGCCUCCCGGGCAAAGCCAAGCAGAAGCUGCUGAAGCACGGCGUGAACCUGCUGUGA